AUGUUAAGAAUGGAUUACAUGGAAAAUAGAAAGUUCAGAAAAUAUAUAGUGUAUUUUUUAAUAGUAUCAUGUAUGCUGAUUUUCUGGAAAGUGAUUACAAUGGAUAAUGUUAAUGAUCCCAGGGAAAUAGAGAUUAAAGACAAGAUAAGGGAAUACCAGUACAAAUUGCACCUAACACCUCCACAAGUGAAAUUAUUAGAAAUGCUUGAGAAGGGUCAGAAUGUAGAUGACAUACCAACUAUAUAUGCUAUCACUCCUACAUAUUACAGAUAUCUUCAAAAGGCAGAACUAACCAGAAUCUCGCAAAUGCUGAUGCUUGUUCCAAAUAUCCAUUGGAUUGUGAUAGAGGAUGCAGAUGAAAAAUCAGAUCUAGUCACUAAUUUAAUUGCAGACUCUGGGCUGAAAGCUACACAUUUAGCAGCGAAAACUCCAUCAUUGGAGAAGCUUAAAGCAAAGGAUCCCAGAUGGAAACGUCACAGAGGUGUAGAACAAAGAAACAAAGGUCUCAAUUGGUUAAGAAAUAACUUAAAGAAUGGAAGAGACAAAGGUUUUGUAUAUUUUAUGGAUGAUGACAAUACUUAUAGCAUAAAAAUAUUUUCAGAGAUUAUGAAAAUUAAAAGGGUUGGUGUAUGGCCAGUAGGAUUAGUAGCAGGAUUGACAGUAGAAACUCCAAUCUUAAAUCCCGAGACAGGAAAAGUGAAAGGCUAUAGAAGCGGGUGGAAACCUAAUCGCCCAUUCGCUAUAGAUAUGGCCGGGUUCGCUAUAAAUCUAGACCUUAUACUUCAAAAACCGGAAGCCAGCUUUUCUUACAAGAUGGAAAAGGGUUACCAGGAAACCGAAUUUUUAAGUUUCUUCACUACGAAAGAAGGGCUCGAACCUCUAGCAAAUAAUUGUUCUAAAAUUUAUGUGUGGCAUACAAGGACAGAAAAACCGGUGGUUAGGGGUGAGGUUAAAGGUUUUGAAGUUUAG